UAAUGGAUGGCGGUUGCUUCUUUAUUGAAGGAUAAAUUCCUCAAUUCUCGUUGUAGAUUGCUCGAGCUUUUACUACUUCAUUUCCAGUAGCGAUGCCUCCGAUCUUUGAUAAACCUACUACGGACAAGUAUGAUCUUGUAAUUAUUGGAGGAGGAAGCGGUGGAAGUGGUUGUUCGCGCAGGGCAGCUUCAUACGGCAAAAAGGUUGCAGUAGUUGAGAUGACAGCACAUUUAGGAGGAACCUGUGUCAAUGUCGGAUGUGUGCCCAAGAAGAUCAUGUGGCACGCAGCCGACCUGCGAGAGAAACUCAUGUAUCAUGCCUCGGGAUACAAAAUGCAAGGCCUCCCGGAAGUACCCAAAUUCGACUGGGCGUCUUUCAAACCUCAGCGUGAUGCAUAUAUUCGUAAACUUAAUGGAAUCUAUCACAACAAUUUCGACAAAGAAGGCGUCGAAUAUCAUCAAGGUUACGGUCGUCUGAAGACUCCCAAGUCGGUCGAAGUGACGCUUGCGGAUGGUCAGAAAUACACCCUCGAAGCCGACAAUAUAUGUAUUGCUACGGGUGGUUAUCCGACUAUCCCUAGCGAGAAAGAGAUUCCCGGCGCGAGCUUAGGUAUCACUUCGGAUGGGUUCUUCGACCUAGAGGAGCAGCCCAAACGUGUUGCGGUAGUCGGAGCAGGAUAUAUCGCGGUAGAGCUCGCAGGCGUGUUCAACGCCCUUGGUUCAGAAACUCACUUGAUCAUUCGAGGAGAAACCGUAUUGCGUACCUUCGAUCCUACGCUGCAACAGGUGCUUACGCCUUGGAUGGAACACACCGGUGUGAAGAUUCAAAAGUCGAGCAAAGUGGUCAAAGUCGAGGGCGAGAAGGGUAAGACUCUUACUGUCACUUUGGAUAGCGGGAAGAAUAUCGAGGUCGAUUGUGUGCUUUGGGCUAUCGGUCGUCAUGCGGCAACCCAGGACAUGGGUUUGGAGAAGCACGGCGUAAAGCUGGAUGAGAAGGGUAACGUGGUCGUGGACGAGUAUCAAAACUCAUCUGUGAAAGGGAUAACAGCCAUUGGCGACGUCCAAGGCAAAGCUCUGCUUACCCCUGUCGCUAUCGCCGCAGGAAGACGACUAGCAAACAGACUUUUCGGUCCCGAGAAAUUCAAGGAUGACAAACUUAACUAUGAGAACAUCCCAACCGUCGUUUUCUCGCAUCCUACCAUCGGAACUGUAGGUUUGACCGAGCCUCAAGCUCGUAAGAAAUAUGGCGAUGACCAAGUCAAAAUUUACAAAUCAUCUUUCCGUGCGCUGUACUUUGCGAUGGUCGAGGAAGAACACAAGGAGCCUUCGACUUACAAAGUAAUUUGUGUCGGGCCAGAGGAGAAAGUUGUUGGGAUACACAUCAUUGGAAUGGGCAGCGAUGAGGCCAUGCAAGGGUUUGGUGUCGCUGUCAAAAUGGGAGCGCGCAAGCAAGAUUUGGAUGAUACUGUCGCAAUCCACCCUACCUCGGCUGAAGAACUUGUCACCCUGCGAUAAGCUUAAGUCGUCAGUAUCCCGCCGUUCUUUUGGCAUGGUUUAUCACCUUUCGAAAUCACACGUGUACAAUUUUAGAGCAUUCACGGAAAUAUUAAUUUAUGGAAUCCAUGUGUGAAAACAGUUGAAAGACUCGGCUUUCCUUCAUUAUCAUCCCUCGCAAUCAAUACGCUAAUGAGAUACUGAACGAAUUGUAGUACUGAUCAGUGCACUGAUCACGAGCUGCAGGCGUGUAGAAUUCUGGUC